CCGAGCAGUAAUGUCAAAUAUGAAUCGUACGAAUAGGACUGCAUUCCACGGCGGCUCCGUGUUUUUUUACGUGUCCGCGACAUGCUAGCACGUAAUCACGUAUAAUCUGGAAACGUAGUUUUUAAUAUCCCCUCGUUCGUAUGCAUUUAUCCAUUUUCUAUAAGAAGAUAAUAGUGUGUUCGAAAGGUUUCGCUGUGUUUCGUGAAUAGAAAUUUAGAAAAGGAGAUAUAAAAGUAGAAAAAUCUGUUAAAAAUAGAAAAUGCGUGUAAUUCUAUGAGACAAGAUGAAACCUAAGAAAUCUAAAUGAAAUAACAGCGAUCAUGAGCUCGAUUCAACAAAGUGGCAGGUUUCUUCCGUUUUCAAAUAAUAAUAUACAAAGAAAGCAAUUGUCAAUGCAAGGUGGUUUACCUCAAAGCCUUAGUGGUAGUGAUACAGAUGUUUCAACUUCAAAUGAAAAUUUAAGUAACGAAGAACGAUAUGUCAUCCGUCAUACAGCUCGUCAAGAACCACAAGGUCAAGAAAAUCAGCAACAAAGUCCAUCUAGAUCUUCCAGCCAUAAAGAAAAUAUACCCAAUAUUCAAGGUAAUCUGCUCAAUAGAAAUAGUUUGAAGGACAGUUUGAAUGGCUCGAACAGGAACAGUUUAAAGGAAAGUUUAAAUGGUUCUAAUCGAAAUAGUCUCAAAGACAGUAUCAAUGGAUCGAACAGGAACAGUUUGAAAGAUAAUUUAAGUAAUCGUACAAGCGUAGGUUCUAACAGAAGCAGCUUGGAUGUUUCCACAAGUUCAUACAAUACCCUUAUUAUUCAUAAUGCAAAUGAUGACAAUUCAUGGACGCCGUCAGGAAGAUUAUCGGGCAUAGUAAGAGAACAUGGAGAUAUGGGUUAUGUGUAUUGCGAUGGUGGUGGUAAAGGACAUUCAAACAGCCCUACAAUGCAAUCGAUAUCGAACAUCCCUCACGAAGAUCAUCUUUACGAACAAUCCGGUGGUGGAGGUUGUCAAGAAAUUACAGACAUACCUGACGAUUACCUUAGUCAAUCACAGGUAUUAAAGCAUCUCGCCAAGGAAGUAAAAGUGCCUUCUUAUAGUAAACUAGUAAAUAAUGGAGGGAGUAUAGAAGUAAGAAUGAGAGAAAGCGACAGAGGGAAGCAGAAUGACAGUGAAUUUGAAGACAGAUCUCCACAAUCUUAUGCUUCCACUCUUCUGCCUUUAAAAAAUAAACUUAGAUUUCUUGGUCCUAAUGAAAAAUUAACGUUAUCAAGAUCACAACCUGACUUAUCUAGAAUUGGUAAAGGAGAUAUUGAUUCUUACGAUCCACGAGCUACUUCUCCAAGACCUCAAACCAAAGGUCGGGAAGAAAUAGGAACAGCGAUGGGUGAAAUCUGGCCACCAUCUGAAAUGAUUCAGAUAGUGAUCCAAGAAAAUAGUGCCUUAAAGUUAGAAUUAGAACGUUGUUAUAACAAAGUUGCAAAGUCUCAAAAGUUGGAGCAAGAAAUAUCAAAGGUUCACCGUGCACACGAGGAAUUAGCUGCUUCUUGCGAGCGAAGAGAAAAACUCGAGCGUGCAGCUAGGUUGAGGUUACAAAAUGACUGUAGACGAUUGACAGAAUUAAAUCGUGCAUUAAGGGAUCAAAUCGAUUUGUUAUCUUCUCGAACAGAUAGUCCUCCGAUCGUAGAGUCAAUGAAAAAAGAAUUGACGCAACGUGAAUUGCUUAUUGGACAGUUAAUCUCACAAAAUAAAGAGUUAGCUGCCGCAAAGGAAAGACAAGAAAUAGAAUUAGCUGCACAAAGAGCAACGCUACAAGAGCAACGCACACAUAUCGAUAUUUUGGACACUGCUCUUACCAAUGCACAAGGGAACGUAGUACGCCUAGAAGAAGAGUGUCGAAGAAAACAAGUGUACGUAGAAAGAGUCGGUCAACUUCAACGAGCUUUAUCAUCUCUUCAAGCGUCCAGCGAUAGACGAGAAGAAACCGAAAGACAAUUGAGAGGUCAACUUGAAAAAGAAUUAAGAGAGGGAGGUGGUGGAGGUGGUAAUAGUAGCGAACAAUCUUCGAAUGGUGAAACUAUCGCGGAUUUGAAACGACGAUUACGCGAACGAGACGAAAAAAUCAUGUCCCUCGAAGGGGACGUUACUAAAUGGGAACAACGUUAUCUCGAAGAAAGUGCAUUAAGGCAAGCUGCUAUAGAUGCAGCUAGUCUUCCAAAAGAUGCCAAAAUUGCCGCUUUAGAAAAAACAAGUCAAGAUGCAGAAAAAUUAAUCGCGGAAGCUCGUUCCGAAAAAAUACGACAUAUGGAUGAAGUGCAUGCUGCACAAAAGAAAUUAACUGAUCUUGAGUCGAGAAUGAAAGAUUUGGAAUCGAAGCUAGCCGAGAGGGAUGCUAUGAUAAGAGUUCUACAAAAGCACACAUACGACAAAGAUAAUAGUAGUAGUAGUGGAGUCGGCAGUUAUCCUGCUGCACAUUCAUCUCAUUCAAGUACGUCGGCAGAUCAUCAUACUGCACUGACAAGCACACCAGAACUUGUAAGCAGUGUCUUAGGCACUGGAAGCGGUUAUGGCAGUACUGGAUCUUACGGAGUCACGGACAGUUACAAAUAUCGAAAACAAGGAAGUUUCGAGCAAACGAAUAAGAGCCUUGACGAUCAGUUAAAGGAAUUAGAUUCACAAUUACUCAGCAAGCGGGCACUUUGCUGUUUUCCAGGAUUCUCUAAUCCAGGCACUGCGUCGCGAAAAGGAAAAAUACCCAAGCCAUUACUGGCGGGUGUAGACAGUACAGGUAGCUCGAGUACCGCUUCGAGCAAGAGUCGUUUGUUGGACGACUCUGGAGGCGAGGCAUCCACCGGUAUAAUGGAAUUCGCAACGGCGAGCACAAGACUGAAGGGUACGGUUUCGAGAUUGUCGGAUGGCAAGCCGGAGGAGAUGUUGCUGUUGGAGAAACAAGGUAGAAGCUCGCAGAGACAGAGAAUGCAAGAAGGUGAGCCUCGUCGUGCUGGUAGUCUUCCACCGAGUUCGCUACCACGACCACCGAGAAGUCUCAAGUCUACAAAUUCGCGUUAUUGUCGUUUGAGCGACACGGAGACGCGUAAGAAGUCAGAUCCUGGUCCGGUUUUAGAUUCGUCGAUCGGUAAGGGCCGAGAUUCUGGAAAUUGCACCUUGGAAUAUGGGAGGUUCGACGCGAAGUCACAGCGUAGAAAGAAGUCACCAGGUACGGAUAGUUACGCUCAGAACAGCUCAUUGAAGAAACCGUCGUCGACGUCGGGUCAUGAAUACGAGCGACUUCAAGGUGACUCCGAUAGGAAGAAAUUAACGACCGGGAACGACGUUAAGCAUAGGGACGGACAAAAUCGUUCCUUGAUACCGCCACCCUCUCGUCGAAUUGGAGAGUACGGUCGUUUGAGCGAUGGCGAUGCCUCUGCUAGUAGCAAAGGUGCUUUAAGAAAGCAAACGGGCUCGCGUGGACAGAGUACGGGAAGUACCGUCAGUAGUAAGAGCGGAGGACGAGAUUCUGGUGGCACCGCCAGCAGCGAGACUUCUAUCUCGUCCUUGUCGCCGAUCAAAGCGAGAUCGAUACCACGACCAGCUAAUUAUCGUAUUCAAUUCUAAUUGGAUACGAUAAAAUACGAGAAAAAAAAACAAAGGAGAAAAGAGAGAGAGAGAGAGAGAAAGAGAGAGAGAAAGAGGAAUCUAUAUUCUAUUUGCCUUUCCUCUUUGACCUAGUCAAUUUUCUCUACGUCUCUCCCUUUCUUCCUUCUAUUUGUUUUCUCUCUCUCUCUCUCUCUCUGUCUCUCUCUGUCUCUCUCUCUCUCUCUCUCUCAUUUGAUUCGAUAACAACGAGCAACCAAACUCGUAUCUUCUUCGUGCCGUAUUCGGUUCCAUUAGGUUCCACUUUUUUUUAUUACGUGGAACAUACAAUGCAACAGUAUAAAUAUACAGCCAUAACGACGAUUAGUUUCGCUAAUGAAUUAUAUUUCUAAUGUGUUUUUGUAGAACGAACGAAAGCACUCACGACCGCCCGCCCGCCCACCCGCCUAUCUGCCUGCCUGCCUGCCUGCCUACCCGCAUGCACGCACGCACGCACGCACGCUCGAACUAUCGUAACGCGGCGAUAGCGUAUGACCUAGUCAUUACCAAAGUAACUUCCCUACUCUACACGCUGCGAAUUUGUUGAUUAAGCUCUUAGGCCACUUCUUUGAGAAGCGCCAAUCGACGCAACCCGUUCUAUCUUUACUCUUGUCUAUUUUAAAGAGCGAUAAUCUAAGUGCAUUCUUUUAUCUUUCCUUUAAAUUUAAUGUCGAUACUUUCUCUCUAACAGGACUUCUUCGUAUACGCGAAGUCCUAUUUUUAUUAUCCUUCUCAUCGUCUGUCGAUUAGGAUAAAUUUUAUUUGUCUUUUCUCUCCAUCUCUUUUUCUCUCUCUCUCUCUCUCUCUCUCUCUCUCUCUCUCUCUCUUUUCUAUAAGACUGAACAGUCGGACAGGAACGAGGCACAAAACGAUUUGUCGCCAGUCGCUCUUUUAGAUCUUACGCGUUUCAUAUUCUUAUUUUUAUUCUUAUUCUUAUUCGACUGAACCUUGCAGGUUGAUUCAAAAGGUCCCCGCAAAAAGACUUUGAUAAAUCUUUUUCUUCUUUUUUUCCUCCUUCUCUUAUGCCUUCUACGUUGUACUCUUCCUCUCUUCCAAACAAUUCUCGAUUGCAAGUGCAUGGCAUAGCGUCUCCCCUUUUUAUUACUUCGUUUUUCUUUUUUAGCUCGAACGAAAACGCCAAAGUAUCAUACUUUUAUUAUAAUAUACGAUUUAUUACGAUAAAAAUGUCUAUCCUAAUAUAAUUCAAUAUAUUUAUUUGUUUCUUGUGUCAAAUAUUUUAAUACGUAUAUGUAUGUAUAUACAUAUGUACCGUGGAAUAUUUGUGUAGUGGAGAAAUGGCACGCGUAAUUGUAUUCUUUUUUGUUUGUUCUCUUUCUCUCUCUUUCUCUAUCUAUCUCUCGUUAUCUCUAUCUCUAUCUCCAAUGUGUAACAUAUUUUACUAUAUUGAUUGUGAUGUAGCAUAGAAGGAUGUCAGAUUCGUAGACUACUAAGAAUACUUCGUUUUCUUUUCUUUUUUAUUUUUACCUUCUCACGGUGGCUUGGUCAUCAAGGCGACUAUUUCUUUUUUUCUUUUUUUUAUUUUUUUUUUUUUUUUUUUUUUUUCAACAUGUGUAAUAAAUUUUCCAACGCGUAUUUACGUUUCUUUGAAACCAGUUCGCUAAUAAUCUCGACCGACGAUAAAUCGUUUUCCUCAUAGGACGAUAAUGUGAUCUCCUCAAUCUCCUUUUUCUUUACGUUCUCAUCAAUCUUUUCCUUCGAUACCACGCAAGACGGUAACAACAACCAUCUUCGACAUUAACGAAUAGUAAUUGUAUUUUGAGAAAAGUCAAAAACGUGCGAAUAAAUAUGAUUAAAAUAAUUAUGAUCAUAUAUAUAUAUAUAUGAUUUUAAUGAUAAAAUAGACUCGCAUGAUUGAACUAUCGGGCUGGUUUUCGAAGCUGUAAAUCGAUUAUUAUUAACUUUAUGUUGGUUGUGUUGUAACAACCGUCUUGUUAUCAAUUCUGUUUAUAGGAGAUUUAUAGUCAUCGUUAAUUAAACGACCUAUCAAUUUUAUAUUCGCUAAAGAAAAGAAAAGAAAAGAAAAGAAGAAAAAGGAAAAGAAAUACAAAGAAAUUUGAAUAGACGAAAUAGAAAUUGUCAUUCCUCUUUUUGAUUUCGAAAUUGCUAUAGUUCCUUUAAACGCGUUUAUUGCAAAGUUUCGCGUGCCUUAAUAUGGAUGACAAGACACUCGGCGUUCGUUUUGAAAAAACUAUGAUAAAAGAUAGAACGCGUUUCGUACUUUGAUGAUAUAAUAAUAAUAAUAAUAAUAAUAAUAAUAUUAAUAAUAAUAAUAUUAAUAAUAAUAAUAAUAAUAAUAAUAAUAAUAUUAAUAAUAAUAUAAUAAUAAUAUUAAUAAUUAAAAAUAAUAAUAAUAUAUAGAUACACAUAACACAUAUUUAUAUACAAAUGUUUGUACCGCUCGUAAUAAGUUUAGGAACUUUAGGUUUCUACUCGUAUUUUUUUCUCGAAAUGUUUAGCUUUAUUAGCGAAGUGAUUAGCGAAGUAUAAGGCUGUUAUAUCACAAUUCUAGUAAAGUCAAUUGUACGUACCUAAAAAUAUUGAUGCGAAAAGUAAAACGUCGAAUGAUCCUUUUCUAUAUACAAACAUAUCGGGUGUGUUAAUAUGCGUUUCUCCUCUCUCUUUCUCUGUCUUUCUCUCUUUUUUUUUUCUCUCUCUCUCUCUCUCUCUCUCUCUCUCUCUCUAUCUCUUUAUCUCUCUAUCUCUAUCUCUCUUCGAGACGUCUCGAAGGUAAAAUGAGUAAGUUGAGCAAAAAGUGUCGAUGAGAGUACCUUUUACGUACAAGAAUGCCAAAUUGCAGCGUCACCAAAGAUGCGUCAUGUGAAUGAAAGAAGGAAAAAAAAAUAAAAAAUAAAAAUAAAAAUAAAAUAAGAAAAAGGCAAGGAGGAAAGAAAUGAAAGAAAGAAAAAGAAUAUAAGGGAGAAAAAAAAGAAAGAACGAAAAUGGCGUGACUAUGCGUCGUAUCCAAAUAUUGUUCCUAUGAUAUUUUCGCGUUUUACACGUAUAGUUCACAUCUCGUAACUCUUGAUCGAGACAACGCUCGCUAUCGUUGCAACGCGUUGCCUUUCGUUUGCUCUCUAUUUUUGAUACGGCCGUAAACGAUAAAAUAUUUAUUUGCGAGCAAUGUUAAACGUUCUUUGCGUGAUUCAAUUGAAUCUAUGUAAAGAAGAAAAGAAGAAAAAAGAAAAUGUUCGUCACGUCGGCAAAAUUACAUUUCGAUUGGAAAUUUUAUAUUGAAAUGUUUACGGCUUGAUUUUAUCCGACGGGAUGAUCAUUCGAAUAAUAAUAAAAUAAAAUGCACAGCGAUAUUCGAACGUAUCGAAUUCGUUGUCUUCUGCAAGUUUCUAAUGCGCCAUGGCUGGAAAAUAGGCAGAGUAAGCGAAUUUUAAGAGCGUUGAUGAUGAUGAUUAUUAUUAUUAUUUUUUUUUUGUUUUUCUUUUUUUAUGAAAACACAAACACCGUUUCACGCGCUGAUAUAACUUAAUAUAUUAGCCUUAUACUUAUCGACAAAGUAUAAAAUAAAUCUGCCAAUCGAUGUAGCGUUUUGACGAAUGAAAGCUUUGUACGAGAGGUGGUCUGUCGAUGUAAAGAAAUUAUGCGAAAUACAGGUUCUGUUGUAA